AAGUGUAACUGAACCGAAGACCAGCGGCACCAGUGUUCAGCCCAGCUUUGUUGAAGAAACAGCUGCAAAACUACAAGUCCCAAAAUGCCUUUCACUAACAAGCGCUAUGUACUUUGUGUGUAGAGUACACAUGCUCCUUGGGAUGUCUGGAACCUGUUUUCCAUAGGCUUCUGGCCGAUUAAAUAAGGUGGAGCGAAUGGCCCCACCCCCAAACCAGUCUUGAGAAUUCCUGUUUCAGCCAAGGCCCGUAGUGGAGGGGUGGAGCCGGAAUUUACCUUUGUACUUUUCUUGGGUCUGGGUGUGUCUGGGUCCGUGGUGACUGGCUGGAUAGGUCUGGACCUGGCUGCCAUCCUGACACGUCUCAGAGCUGCAAGCAGGUUUGACUCCAGGAUCCGUGUGGCCCUGCUCUCAGGUUCCUGCUGCUUUCCUCGUAGUCUUUAUCUUUUUAUCCUUUUCCCCUCGGGACCUUUCCAUGGGUUACCGUAAUUCCUGCUGCCCCAGAUGCCCCCUGUGUUAGCCAUUGGAUUUUUACUACCUGACUACAGGUUAAUAGUCCACUUUUGAUAGUCCCUUACCUUCAGAUUCAUGUCUCCACUGUUUCCUGCAGCCAAGAAAUGCUGGGAAGGAUGGACCCCAGCGCAUUACCACCUGAGGGUACAAGUUAGGGAUUGAGGGUGGGAAGUUGGUGUCAGUCAUUUAAUACGAGGCCUUAAUCACUGCCCUGCCUUCUGUAGGUACUGCCAGUCAGCUACCAUGGCCUCUCAGCUUCUUGGGCUGGCAGAGGAGUCUGGCCCAAGCCCCGGGGAGUCUGAAUUGGCUGUGAACCCCUUUGAUGGGCUCCCCUUCUCUUCCCGCUACUACAAGCUGCUUGAACAGCGCCGAGCCUUACCCAUCUGGGCUGCUCGCUUUAUCUUCUUGGAGCAAUUGGAGAGUAGCCCCAGUGGAGUGGUGCUGGUGUCUGGAGAGCCUGGUUCUGGCAAGAGCACCCAGAUUCCUCAGUGGUGUGCAGAGUUUGCACUGGCCAGGGGGUUCAAGGAAGGCCGAGUAACUGUCACUCAGCCCUACCCUCUGGCAGCCCUGAGCCUGGCCGUGCGGGUUGCUGAUGAGAUGGACCUAACCCUGGGUCAAGAGGUUGGAUAUAGCAUUCCCCAGGAGGACUGCACUGGGCCAGACACCCUGCUCAGGUUUUGCUGGGACAGGCUGCUUCUACAGGAGGUGGCCUCAACCCGGGGCACUGGAGCCUGGGGUGUGCUGGUCCUGGAUGAGGCUCAAGAGCGGUCAGUGGCCUCAGAUCUGCUCCAGGGGCUACUGCGAAAUGCCAAGCUGGGAAAUCUUCCAGGAGACUCCAGAGUGGUUGUGGUUACUGACCCUGCCCUUGAACCUAAGCUCCAAGCCUUCUGGGGCAAUCCAACUAUCGUGCAUGUACCCAGAGGGCCUGGCGCAUGUCCCACUCCUGUAUACAGGGACAUUGUCCCUACUGAUCGAGUGGAAGCUGCCUGCCAAGCUGUGCUUGAAUUGUGUGCGAAGGAGGCUCCAGGAGAUGUGCUAGUAUACCUGCCCAGUGAGGAGGUAAAAAUGGGCUGCAGAAGGAGGUUCUCAUGUAUUCCACCUUCCUUUCCUGGGGGAGUUGGAGCAAUGCUUGUUCAGAACAUUGGAGUUGUAGUAUUUACUAUGCUGGAAUCCUUAGGAAAAACUCAAAGAUUUCAGGGUAAAGAGGUCUACCCUUUUUUGAAUCCAUCUAAUGCAGAGACUGUGGCUCAGUCAAUUCCUGAAAUUAUAAUAACUUUAUGGGAGUAUGUGCAUUUUUUCAGAGUGAAAAGCCCUAGCUCUCAUCAGUUUUUCAAAGGGGUUUGUCACCAAAAAAAGGUGAGAAUUGCCAUAAUGCCCCACCCCUCUCUUCAGGAAAUUUUGCAGUGCUGUGAAUCCUUGUCCAGAGAGGUGGAGCCCUUGGCUCUCAGAGGGCCUCCACCACGAGUGCUGCCCCUUCACCCAGGACAUGGUCCAGCUGUUCAGGCUGCAUACGAGGACAUAGACUUGGGUGCCCGAAAGGUCGUGGUCACUCACUGGCUGGCUGACUUCUCCUUCUCCCUCCCUUCUAUCCGACAUGUCAUUGACUCAGGACUGGAGCUUCGAAGUAUCCGAGCAGAAUCCCAAGUGUUGAGACCAAUCAGCAGGUGUCAGGGAGAGGCAAGAAGACUACGGGCAAGAGGAAUCCCACCAGGGUCCUGCAUCUGCCUAUAUCCUGAGUCCUUCCUAGAACUAGAGGCACCCCCACUGCCCCCACCCAGGGUAUGUGAAGAGAAUCUGAGCACCAUGGUGUUACUUUUAAAGAGGAGACAGAUUGCAGAGCCAGGGGAGUGUCACUUCUUGGACCGCCCUGCUCCAGAAGCACUGAUGCAGGCCCUGGAAGACUUAGACUAUCUGGCAGCUCUGGAUGAUGAUGGGAACCUGUCAGACCUGGGAGUCAUCCUAUCAGAGUUCCCCCUGCCCCCUGAGUUGGCCAAAGCCCUGCUGGCCUCCUGCGAGUUUGACUGUGUGGAUGAGAUGCUCACCCUUGCCGCCAUGCUCACUGCUGCUCCUGGAUUUACCCAUCCUCCACUCUCUGCAGAAGAAGCUGCCUUGCGUCGGGCCCUGGAACACGCAGAUGGCGACCACAGUUCUCUGAUUCAGGUGUAUGAAGCCUUUAUACAGAGUGGAGCAGAAGAGGCUUGGUGCCAGGCUCGGGGGUUAAACUGGGCAGCACUGUGCCAAGCCCAGAAACUUCGAGGCGAACUCCUAGAACUCAUGCAACAAAUUGAGCUUCCCUUGUCCCAGCCAGCCUUUGGCUCUGAGCAGAAUCGCAGAGACCUUCAGAAAGCACUGGUGUCAGGAUACUUCCUUAAGGUGGCCCGAGACACAGAUGGAACUGGAAAUUACCUGCUCCUGACACAUAAGCAUGUGGCCCAGCUCUCCCCGUACUGCUGCUACCGAAGCCGCAGGUCUCCGGCCAGAUCUCCGCCCUGGGUGCUUUACCACAGUUUCUCCAUUUCCAAAGACAACUGCCUUUCCAUUGUUUCUGAGAUUCAACCACAGAUGCUGGUAGAGUUGGCCCCUCCCUACUUCCUGAGUAACUUGCCUCCCAGUGAGAGCAGAGACCUCUUGAAUGAGCUGAGAGAAGAAAUGACAGAUUCUUCAAUAGAGAGUGAAUCACCCUCCACCCAAGAGUUUGGAGAUGCCUGUGUCCUGCAGUGACCUGCCUAAGGAAUGGAACUGAGCUCAUCUCAAGGCAUUAGAUCCUCCCUCAGGCUAGCACCAAGGCAGCCAGCCAGAUUUAGAAGGCCAAAGGUUAGGAUCCAAUGUAAAUCCUGGAACCUGAGUCUCAAGAAAUGGUGGACUGAAAAUAGAGGAAAUUGGAUAAGCCACAGGAUACAUAAGGUUGUACCCUUUCCUUAGCCUUGUUCUAUUUAUUAGAGAAUGACUGAUAUGCCCCCUAAACCCCCAGCUCAUACCAAACCCGACUCUGUGUGCUUCGUUUUGAUUUAUAAAAGGUCUUUCCCUAUGGUGCCAAAUUUGAGUUUGGUUCUGCAGCAGCAUAUACAACAUCCAGGAAUUAGACAUGACACAGUAUCUACCAGCUCCUCUAGCAAAACGCUCUUGCCUGGUUCCCAUCUGUGGUCGAGCCUUUGCAGUAUGACUAACCUAGGUGACACUAACCCAGAAAAAUGUGUAGUUUGACUAUAGUUGGUCUCUGACCCUGCCCAAAGAUCACUUCCCUCUAUCUUACUCCCGCCAACGGAGGAGGAAGAAUGAGAAUGCUAUAAGAAAUCAGACAAAAUCUUCCCUUUUUUCCCCCACAUACAACUUAGAUCCACUCCUUAAACCUCAAGGCUAUUGCAGCCAUCCCCAAACUCUCAACUUUCCACCAACAAGCUUCCCAGCAGCCCCUGGCCCACCAGCAUGCUGAAGCUUUUCUAAUAACCUUGGGGACAUCAUGCUUUCCUUUCUUUCCAGCUGGGUACUCCUUUCCCUUUUCUUCCUUUAAAAUACUAAUUUUGGGGGCACCUGGGUGGCUCAGCAGCUGAGUGUCUGCCUUCAGGUCCUGUAGUGAUCCCAGGGUCCUGUGGUGGAGUCCCACAUCAGGCUGAUCCUGAAGACCCAGGAUCCAGUCCCAUGUCGGGCUCCCUACAUGGAGCCUGCUUCUUCCUCUGCCUGUGUCUCUGCCUGUGUGUGUG